GCAAUGAUCCAAAAGCGAGAUUCACGUGGUAUGCGCAUGGCUUGUACAACUUUUGGUAUAGUCCAGAAUUAACCACAGACGACACCGAAUACUGGGAAGCUCACAAUUUUGGGCUUGAUGAUGACGAGCUGGAGAUCGAUUCAACAGCAUUGAAGCUUGGUCCUUUCCGUCUGGCAGAGAAUAAUGAAAGCAUAGGAAGGCCUGUCAAGUUCGUCGCAUUUAGUCCCGUUCAGCAGCCUGAAGAUAUCAUGGACGAAUAUAUCCGUUUGCGGUGUAUGAACGACCUGUCCAAUACAUGGGGUUACCCUUACGAUGUCCCGCCUUACCUAUCGUUGACCGACAAAGAAAGGUUCAACAUCCUGUCCCAAGAACUACCACCCACAGACGUCGAGCGCUGGAAUUCAUUCGCUGAACUUCACAUGCGUGGACAAUUGUUCCAGUGAGUCCAUGCUCUGUCUAUCUAUGAUUCUCCAUAUAUCUGCCUUUCCGGAUGUUAGGUGUCAGUGCGAUGCAUGCCACUACCUUGUCAGUGGUGUCCUUCACCGUUGUGUAGACUGCGACUGCGACGACUAUGACGUGUGUGUAGAUUGUGAAUCUCAGCCAGUCUCAGAUCACAAAUACCCAUCCGACCACAAGUCAACGCACAACAUGCUUGUUUUCCGUAUGUCGACAUCUCAUGGUCGCUGCCGCAGAAUCCGUUGGUAUGCAAGGAAUUUCUUAUCCACUUGUAUUCCCGCUGCAGCACCACCAGAAGCACCAUUGACUGUGCAAGAAGACGAAUCCCAAACGCAAUCAGAUGGAACUGAACUUCCGCAUCCGACAGAAGCCAUUCAAGUCGACGAUUCUUCCACCUCUGUCGAUUUGCGAGAAGGUGAUGAGAAGCUGAAUAGGAAUCCGGAAGUAGCAUUGGGGGAGAUAGCUGGAGCCUCAGUCGCGAAGGGGGAUGUCUAUUCUUGCGCUGAAUGCAGCGUCAAGAUGAAGGGCAUCUUUUAUGUAUGCAUUACCUGUGCAGAACUCUAUUCUCCCAUUGCCUUAUGUGGUGAUUGUGCAUUUCACGAUGCGUUCAACGUGGUCACAGUUCAUCACCCUUAUAAGCACUGGCUGGUCAAGAUUAAAGACCGAGUUCAAGAUACGGGAAUCGGAACGUCAGACAAACCUUUGAAUAACGUGGAUGAGACUACUUCGCUUUCCUCGCUGGCCGCGAUGGUGGAAUCUCGCUUCGUGGAACAGGAUCUCCGGCUUAGUGCACUUGUCGCACAGGUUGAACAACUCGUGCAGAGCAUCGCUGUAUUGACGGGAAAGGCAGAGCUUCCAUCUGAAUCCCUCAGUGAUUGAUUAGUUCUUAAAUUGGUAGACUGUUGUAUAACUUGGAUUUGAUUCUUGCUGUCUCGGCGACCUUGUACUAGUGUAGAUCGAUCGGUACCGAUUUGCCAUACGUACUUUGUAGAUAUGAAAUAAACAUGUUUGUUGGUUUCUAGGCCUUCAAAGUUAUAACAUCGGGCGGAAGAACUUGGUUUCUAAACUACAACUGUACAACAGAAAAACGGAACCU